AUGGCCUUUCCGAGGGUGAAGCCCGCACCAGACGAGACGGCCUUCAGCGAGUGCCUCCUCAAGAGGAACCAGGACCUCAGCCCCACACCUGCUGAACAGCAAAUUGAAGAGGUGCGCCAGGUGGGAUCCUACAAGAAGGGUACCAUGACAACAGGGCAUAACGUGGCGGACCUGGUGGUCAUCUUGAAGAUCUUGCCUACAUUUCUCUCCAUGCUGACCAAUGAGACGGGCUUUGAGAUCAGCUCAGCUGAUGCCACAGUGAAGAUCCUCAUUACCACGGUGCCGCCCAACCUGCGUAAACUAGACCCCGAGCUUCACCUGGACAUCAAGGUCCUCCAGAGUGCCCUGGCUGCUAUUCGUCAUGCCCGCUGGUUUGAGGAGAACGCCUCACAGUCCACUGUGAAGGUGCUGAUCCGCUUGCUGAAGGACCUGCGGGUGCGCUUCCCAGGCUUUGAGCCCCUGACUCCGUGGAUCCUGGACCUGCUGGGUCACUCUGCGGUCAUGAAUAACCCCUCUCGUCAGCCUCUGGCCCUCAACGCGGCCUACAGGCGCUGUCUCCAGAUGCUGGCUGCGGGGCUCUUCCUGCCAGGUUCCGUGGGCAUCACAGACCCCUGCGAGAGCGGCAACUUCCGCGUGCACACCGUCAUGACCCUGGAGCAGCAGGACAUGGUGUGUUUCACAGCCCAGACGUUGGUGAGAGUGUUGUCUCAUGGAGGAUACCGAAAGAUCCUGGGACUGGAGGGUGAUGCCAGCUGUGAGUAG